AAAAUGUUGCUGCAUGGGAGUAUGUUGCUUGGCUUCCUUUGCCUGGGACACGCCAGCACUGCCUGGGGUUUAGCCCGUUUGCUGGACAACACAGAGCUUCGCUCAGCAUUCUCAGUGUCACGCACUAAUAGCAUGGAAGGAGGGCCAAAAAUGACAGUGACCUUUGACACCGUUUACGUCAACAUCGGUGGGGACUUUGAUGCUAAGGCUGGACUGUUUCGCUGCCGCAUCCCAGGGGCCUACUACUUUUCCUUCACAGUGGGAAAAUUCCCUCACAAAGACCUGUCUGUGAUGCUGAUGAAGAACCGGAAUGAGGUGCAGGCCAUCGUGUAUGAGGAGAACGCCGGAGAGGAGAGGAAGGUGCAGAGUCAGAGCGUCAUGCUGCAGCUGGAGUUUGGUGACACCAUCUGGCUCCGUCUCCAUGGUGACCCUCGCUACGCCCUCUACAGCAACACUGGACACUACACCACCUUUAAUGGUUACCUCAUCUACCCCGACACCUACAGCUACCAGACCCACCAUCACCAGCACCAUCCCACAUAUAACCCUCAGCAGGAGGACCUCCAACUGCAAAACACAGAGCAAAUCAAGUCCAAGGCAGGAGACUCAGAGAAGGAGGAGCUACACAGAGAAGAGGAGGAAGAAGUGCAAGAGUAUGAUGAUGAAGAGGAUGAUGGGAGAUCCGCCUUCUCUGUGGGCCGUACCCAAAGCAUUCUGGGAGUCAACCAGGUGGGCAUGCUGCAGCAUCGACCAAUCAGCUUUGACACAGCUUUCGUCAACAUUGGAGAGGACUUUAACGUGACGGAGGGUGUGUUUACCUGCCGCGUCCCUGGGGCAUACUACUUCUCCUUCAACGUGGGCAAGCUGCCCCAGAAGACACUUUCCGUGAAGCUGAUGAAGAAUCGUCUGGAGGUGCAGGCGAUGAUCUAUGAUGACAGCCAGGGUGAGAAAGCUCUGCAGAGUCAGAGUGUGAUGCUGGCACUGAAACCAGGGGACAUAGUCUGGCUCUACUCUCACCAGAGAGACGGAUUUGGAGCCUACAGCAACCACGCCAAGUACAUCACCUUCACUGGUUUCCUGGUUUACCCAGACAUCCCCCAAAGCCCCUCCGCCGCUGUCACGACCAGCCAAUCAUAUUCUGCCAAGAGGCCUUAACUAGAGCUGAAUGGUUAAUGACUGAGCACCCUGAGUAGGAUUCAUGUAAAGUGUCAAAUGCUACACAGGGCAUCAGAACGUGUUUGAGUCCCAACUGCUUUCUGGCUUCUUUCCUCUUCAUACGAAUUCCUUCUCAAAGUCAAAGGAGUUUGGACUCACCUAAUAGAAAAUCUAUUUAGUUCAUGUCUAAUGGCUUCCAAGGUCCACUUUCUAUCUCACUUGAAUAGGAAUACUUCCGUCUAAAAUCAAAAUUCUUCAGUCGUUCGUUCGUUCGUUUCAUGAUUAGAUCAACACUUUAUUUGGUCCAGACGCAUGGUGAUGCAUCUGGGUCCAAUUCGUUCUAGUUGUAUCUCAUGUUUUAAAUCAACUUUAUUUCUCACACAAUUUUACAGAAUAUACAAAGUCAAAUUCAGUUAAAUAUGACCUGAUUUAGAUCUAAUUUCAUUUAUUUCAACUUAAUUCAAAUUUAUUCUAAUGGACACUGAUAUCGAUCCAUUUGCAGCUUUCUGUGACAGCUACCCUACACAACCACACUUCCACAAAUUCCAACUAAAGGAAUUCCUUUGGGAAAAAAAGUAAUUAUUUUAAAUGAGAGGAUAAAUAUAACAGGAUAAUAUAAAACAAAAAUAUCCUUACAAGUUAACUCAAAUAUACCAAAGAGUGGAACCCAUUUGAUUGGAUAGUGUCUGCAGUUUCAGCCCUUAGACGAAGCACUCAGGGUGCACUUCUAACUUCAUCCACUGGAAACGUGUGAGUCUUAGAUAUUCAACAUUUCUUAAUGGAAUAUUCCUUGAAGUGCUGUCGGGUUGCUGUCAAAGACUUGAUGUUUCUGCUUGUGAGUAAUAUGUCUCUUUACUUGUUAUGUCACUAGCAUGUAAAUGAAUGUAAACUAUGUGGUCAAAUUAGUCCUUUUUCCCCCAUAUUUGAGGUUUGAUGUUGUUUUCUUGGGCACAGCUGGAGCAAAGGAUCACAGGACGGACCUGACACAGAUUUGGAGCGUGUUCAGGACUCUGUGUCCUUAUAACUGUUGACCGCAUGCUUCCUCCGAGCCUGCGGGAAUCUGGAACAUAAUUUGAUUUCUAAUUCUAGCAGCAUUUAUUUCACGUCUUCAGACAGAGCCCACUGUGGGGAAAAUUGAAUUGAUUCUCCCAGGCUGCAAUGAUGUGCUUAUCUAAUUUCACAGCGCUGGGAGCAAGAUGAUACAGUUCAAACUGUCAUGAACCCUUCUUUUAUCAAACAGGCUUGUCCCCUGGGUGACCACUGGGGUUCAAUUUGAGUUUUGCUGAACAUUCAGAUGUUUUUCUUAAAUUUGUUGGUAAUUUAUGAGAAGCAAAGGGUGGAAUAUCUUUGAGAUGCAAUACCCUGAUUUUAAUCCAAUUAGCCGCUAUUCCCAAAAGAAAAAUGACUUACAGUUAAAAAUCAGCAGCAGUGAAAAGAGCAAGGGAGAGCACUCCACAGAUCUGCAGAAAUUUAUUCCAAAAAUGUAUGUUUAAGAUGCAAAUCUCACUGCGUAUUUAAUGAAAGCCUAUUUCUAAAUCAAAUUCAAAAACAGCACACGCUGUGAAAAGAGAUUUCUGUUAUAAAUUGCAAAGAUAACUGCAUUUUAAAAAGGAAAACCCUAAUAAAUGUAUUCCCUUUUGACAUAUUUAUAGGGGGAAAAAACAAGCAAAAUAUGAAAACCUAUAAAUCUCUAAAGAUAAAUCUUGAAGACUGCAGAGACUUUUAGGAUACUAAAAUCUGGUUAUUUUUCUCUCCCAGUAGGAGCAAACAGUGAAUGUGUUUCACGGCAGAUGAUAUAUUCAGUCGCAGCAUAAACCUCUUUUCAUCUUAGCCUCAGUGUUAGAGUGGGGCAUGUAUAUACAGACCUGUGAUUCAGUGGGCCGAGUACAGUUCAGGAAAUUAUGUUGAUUCUACCCAGAACCUCUGGUGUGCAAGGCUCAGAGACUUGUGUUAUCAUGCAUGCAUGUAACUAAAAAAACAAAAUAUUUUCUCACAAUUACUGUGCAAUUUCAGAAGGUCAGUAGAUGCCUGUUUCCUAUUUAUUUUAUUUUUAUGUGAAUUAUGUGUACAGUUUUAAAAACGUGCUUCUCUGUUUAUGAUGCUUUAGAUCAAAGAUUGUGUAAUAAUAUUUAAUAUUCAGAUAUGGAUAAAAAUGUGGGUUUGUUUUUAUUCAGUUAUCAAAACAAAGAGUUGUGUUCUGCAUUGCCAAAAAAGAAAAAACUGCAUUGGGAAACUGUUUUGACCCUUGUUGUCUGCCGUAGUCUGACUUAAACUGUUUGACAUGUUUAAAUUGAUUCUUACAUGUAAAGUGAAUGCAGCAAAACUGUGCAUUGAAAUAAAAGAAAGAUGACAAACAA